GUAAGAAUGACCAGUCGGUCUCUAACGUAGCUGGGAUUUCAGUUCAAAUGGAGGGCAAAGGAAGCUGCCUUGGUCGUGUACCGUACAAUUCCGUGAUUGGAUUCAUUCUAGUCUUUGUGGGCGGUGGAGUCCUGUGUGGUUCGCUUCACUACGGCAUGUCAAAACUUGACGUGUAUUUUCGACAUAACUUCUUUCCGGUCUAUUCAUUACAAUACUUGCGUAUUACCGCAGUCGUUUUUGGAGCAUUGGCUAUCUGGUUGGCACUGCUUGUGGUCAUUUUUUCCGUACUUGUAACUAAUGCAACACGGGGCAGGAUUUAUCGUGGAGAUCGAUUCACUAUGGGCGGGCGUGUCUCGGCCGUUAUGUUCAUGACAAUCACCUAUGUGGCAGUUGUUGUGUGGCUGGUGUUUCUGGUCUUCCUCGUCGUCCCGACGUUCUGUUGGAUCAUGUUCAACUCCAUAUGUGCAACCGAAUUAGCUGACGUGUGGCAUGGACCAGGGGCCAGGAGGCCCGGACCGGACGGCCGGGUGGCGCCCACCUUCGAAGAACUGCGUCGGCGUAACGAAAUUGUUGAGGAUACCUAUGUAUCGCGCCUGGCCUACUACUAUCCGGGUACUGCGGGUCGCUCAGGUGUCGGAUUCUUGCCACCAGAUCUGGAGCGGCGGCGGUACGAAUUACCGUUGGUCGAUGAGCGCGGUGUGCCGUACUCCCCAGGGCCGUAUUCCAGUCGCAUUUACAGUCCCGGGUUUCGUUAUGUGUUCAACUUAACUAAUUACGGUACUCAUUCAACAGCUACACUUACUCUCCACCAGUUCAUGACAAUCACCUAUGUGGCAGUUGUUGUGUGGCUGGUGUUUCUGGUCUUCCUCGUCGUCCCGACGUUCUGUUGGAUCAUGUUCAACUCCAUAUGUGCAACCGAAUUAGCUGACGUGUGGCAUGGACCAGGGGCCAGGAGGCCCGGACCGGACGGCCGGGUGGCGCCCACCUUCGAAGAACUGCGUCGGCGUAACGAAAUUGUUGAGGAUACCUAUGUAUCGCGCCUGGCCUACUACUAUCCGGGUACUGCGGGUCGCUCAGGUGUCGGAUUCUUGCCACCAGAUCUGGAGCGGCGGCGGUACGAAUUACCGUUGGUCGAUGAGCGCGGUGUGCCGUACUCCCCAGGGCCGUAUUCCAGUCGCAUUUACAGUCCCGGGUUUCGUUAUGUGUUCAACUUAACUAAUUACGGUACAUUGCAUACUUUAUUUGACCAUCCUAUACCACCGCAACUUACCAACACAACAGCUUACCACAAAAACAUAUCUCUAACCUUUCCUUGCUAUUUUCAUCUACAAGGUAUCUAUGUGAAACCUUGGCAAUACGAUUCCUCUCUUAAUUAUCGUGAGGCAAUCACAAGCUUGGAGGGUUUUGCGGCAUUCUGCGAUGAAAUAGAGCCAGAUGAAGUCCUGGUCAGCUUUGACGUCAACUCAAUGUAUACCAACGUCCCAAAAGCGGACGCUGUGGAAGUAGCGAGAAGACUUUUACUGGCAGACACAACGCUGCAAGAACGAACACAAGUCUCCGUAGACAAGAUAGCCGAAGGCAUAAAGGCAUGCCCAAACCUCAGUCAUUUUGUUUUUGACUCAAUUAUAUACUCUCAAGAACAAGGUCUAGCGAUGGGAUCACCAAUACCCCCGAUUUUGGCCAACAUGUACAUGGAAGACUUCGAACAGAAAGCUUCAAAUGGAUUCGUGUGUCCACCAAGGGUGUUCUGGCGUUACGUAGAUGACACGUUCGUUGUGAUAAAGCGGGAUGAGUCCGACGGUUCUCCAACACAACGUUUCCUUCGACUGAAUCUGGUAUCUCUUCACCUUUCCCAGGUCGCCCUCAUUGGCCCUUUGUUCGCCUGCUCUCUCGGAGGAGCUAUUUUCGUCCUAAUGGGUCUAACACUUUUCAUCGGCUCGCUUUCGGGUUUCUACGCUCGGCUCAAAUUAACAAAGGAGUUGACCGAUUUCAAACAGAGCUUUGCCCUUCGUUCUCCAAAAACACAUGAUCACGCGGUCUAUUUUUAAUUCACACCCAUCUCAUCUCAGAUGUUUUGUUGUUGUUAUUUCUUUCAAUGGAUGCCAAGGGUGUAAAUGUAACUUCGUUCCCUGUAGUGCGGUUGGUUCGCAUCUGACUUACGGUCCAGAUCCACAGACUGCAUUCCUGAUGUGUCUGCGUUACACAGUUACACACUUUCAGUCCUUUUUCUGGACAGUCUGUCAUGCGGUUAGCAUUACAUUUCUCAUUAAGAAUACUACUUGCCAGAUCGGGAUCUGCCAGGUGUUCUAGUUGCUUUUGCAUUUCGAUUCCCCUCCCCGAGUUCCCGACUGUUGUCGCUUUUUCUGUUUUUUUUUCUAUGAAGUUCACGCCGUCGCCAAUACUUCCACGAAACUCAGAUAUUGGCAUUUAUUUUUUUCAUUGAUCUAGCUAAUCACUACUUCACACAAUACUAUGCCGGUUCAUUCAUAGUACUUUUCCCUUUGCCGACGGAUCAUGAAACCAAGUUUGUGUUCUUUUUGACGGGUUUCCUAGCUGUGCUUUUAAAGCAACGUCUUUUGUUUUUUUGUUUUAUACAUGCUCUUCAGCCACGAUGUUUAUUAUCUCAUUCUUCUUUUUCCUUGAUGUCCCCGAACUCCGUUCAUUCUCAUUAUCUUCAGUGAUACUUUCUAAAAACAAGUGUUUUUGAGGAAGUGUAAACACUACCUCAUAUCCGACUUAAGCUUAUCCUGCGUCUUUUGUAUUGUAUUCAGACGCUUGAUUCUGCCCUUAAAUUGGUAUAAAUAAAGCCGGUAUAUGUGUUUGCCUUGUAUUUGCAAACACGCCUA